AUGUAUGUUCCCUGCGUGGCGCCGCUCUUGUGGAAGCAGGGAAAGGCCCUUCUCUGGAAGCGAUCUAUAAUCUUGAGGAGGAACUUAAUCCCAUAUCUGGUUGCCGUCUCCAUUCCGAUCAUUGCAGCCGGGUGUUCCACGCUCUUCUUGCGAAAUUCCGUCGUCACGAGCUGUGAUCCCAACUUGGAGACAUUGGCUUCCGCUUCAGGGUCUUCGUCAACCUCUCCAACGGAUUUUCGACUGAUUGCGGGGCCUCAAUCGCAGCUGUCUGCUGCCGCCAUCGAAAGAAUUUCUCAGGCUCCCUCAGGGGCAGUCACUUAUGUCGAGAGUCUCGCCGAGUUCAACGACCGAGUAACGAAACAAUUCCAGAACCUGACUCCAGGUGGGUUCUUCCUCGGCGAGGAGCCAACUUUUGCAUGGCGCGCCGACGGGGCGUUAACCUUUGGAACGCUUGUCCAAAGCAUUGUGGACAGCAUGCUUCUCAACGUCACCAUUGCCACUGACUACCAGCCGCUCGACAUCCCUUUCGCUGCAGACAUCGGCAAUCUGUUGAUUUUCGCGGCAUAUUUUGGACUUUCGAUGGCCGUCUAUCCGGCCUUUUUUGGACUUUACCCGACCAUCGAGCGUCUCAGAGGCGUCAGAAGUAUCCACCAUAGCAACGGUGUGCGCGCUCUUCCACUUUGGUCAACGUACCUGGUGUUCGACUUUUCCAUGGUUUUCACCAUCAGUGUUGUCGUCGCCACCAUCUUUGGAGCGACCACGGACGCUUGGUACUACCUCGAGUACAUGUUUCUUUUAUUUCUCCUCUACGGCAUCGCCUCGACCUUGAUUUCAUACAUCGUUUCCUUGUUCGCCAAAUCUCAGCUUGCAGCAUUCGCCAUCAUAGCUGGAAUUCAAUCCGGAAUGUACGUUGUCUUUUUUGUGGCCUUCAUAGUGAUCGUAACUUAUGUCGACGCCUCGAGUCAGAGUUCGGCUCUGCUUACCGCCUAUCUUGCCCUUGGUAUUUUCUCGCCGGUAUGCAACCUAUCCAGGGCAGUUUACCUCACCCUAAAUAUUUUUGGGGUGACCUGCCGAGGGCGCAACAUCGCGUCGUAUCCGGGCGCAAUCGACAUCUACGGAGCACCAAUACUUUACCUUUGCCUCCAGUCACUCUUGUUCUUUGCAAUAUUGCUGUGGAAAGAUUCUGGAAUCCCGUUUUUGGCCUACUUCAGGAAACAAGGAGCGGACAUCAAAGGAGGGGACACCUUUGAGCUUGGGGCGGUAACGGAAUUCGCCUGCGGCCCCGGAUCUCGUAGCGAUGGCCUUCAGAUACAUCGCCUACGGAAGCGAUUCAGAAAACGCCUCGCAGUCGACGAUGUCACUUUCAGAGUUCCACGUGGCGAAUGCUUCGCGUUACUAGGCCCCAACGGGGACGUUGCACCCAGCGGUCGUCAUAGCGAUAUAUUCGUCGACGGGGUGUCGGCCAUUAAACACCGUGCACAGGCACGCUCUAAAAUUGGAGUCUGUCCUCAGACGGAGCCGCUGGAAAACAUGACCGUUACAGAACACCUUCAGUUCUAUGCGCUGGUGCGCGACAUCAGCGAUCCUCGUCACAAUGUUAACGCCAUCAUCAAAGCCGUGGGCUUAGAGCAAUACUCGGAUCGACAAGCCACUAAACUCUCUGGCGGGAACAAGAGGAAACUCUCCCUAGGUAUUGCCCUCAUGGGCAACCCGAGCGUGCUUCUCCUGGAUGAGCCGUCUUCAGGGAUGGACGUCGUGAGCAAACGAAUAAUGCGGCGUACUCUUGCAGCAGUCACACCAGGAAGGUCGGUCGUGCUGACCACUCAUUCGAUGGAGGAGGCGGACGUAUUGGCGACUCGCGCCGGGAUCCUUUCAGGUCGAAUGUUGGCGUUGGGGAGUACCGAGGAGCUGAAGCGAACAUUUGGGAAUGUCUAUGUUCUACAGCUGGUGCACCCCCGCGUCCACGAUAGCAGUACAGAGGAUUUCCAGAGGAUCGGUACUUGGAUUCAACAAUAUUUCCCGGGCGCGAGGAGCGAAAAAGGCAUCUAUCACGGACAAGCUUGGUUUGUGAUUCCCGGCCCUAAGAACGGUACGGAGAUGUCUCUGGCACAGAUGUUUGAGAAAAUGGAGAUGGUGAAGGCGCACAUGGGAGUACAGCACUACACUGUUAGCAGGGCGACGCUGGAUCAGGUGUUCUUGGCUGUUUUAAGAAGGCACAAUCUUGAGAAAGAGGGAGACUGA